AUGAGCAGCAAAGUCCAAGACGAAAAACCCAAACAUGUUAUUGCUGUGAGCGCCACCGAUCGUUGGGUAGGCAACUCCAUUGGCCAUGGUCUUCUAAAACGCGAAAAUAACGAUAAUGACAAAGAGACGGAAAUUAUUGCCCUUACUCGCGAUCCUCGAUCUUCAAACGUAAAAAAAUUAGAAAAGGAAGGCGCAAAGAUCAGAGAAACAAAUUACAAGAAAAAAGAGUCGUUGGAGCAAGCGGUUCAAGGUGUAAAUACAUUAGUAUAUGUAGCUGAAGACGAUAAGAAUUGUGUUCGUUUCGCAGAGGAUUUGGUUAAAGCUGCUAAAUCUCAACAGGUUUCGAAUGUGAUUCUAUUUUCGUUUAUUGGAGCGGACGAAGAGCUAACAGAAACGCAUCGUAGCGCGCAUAAUAUUGAAAAAGUGUGGGAGAAGGAAUUUCAAAGUUGCAAAAUUAUAAGAGUAAAUUGGGCUCAUCAGUAUUUUCUCGAUUUCGCCAAAAACAUCCAAGAAGAGGGUGUCCUUAAAAUGACACUUGACACUGAAAGCGAACGACUCGCUCCAAUCGAUGUUCAGGAUAUCAUCUGCGUUAUAGAAGAUCUCGCAAAAAAACAAGAAAACCGUGAAACUGAGCAAAAAAACAUCUAUAAUCUUACGGGUUCCAAAGCUUUUACUCCAAAAGAUUUGGUCAUCAUGAUCAAUGAAGUCAUUAAAACCGGUAAAGUCGAGUACAGACAAGUCUGCCAUGAAAAACUUGCUCAAUAUCUUAAAAUGUUUGGGAGAGAUGGUACUGAUAGCCGAGAAGAAUAUGACCCAAGACGAUUCCUUCCUUAUGACAGCUUCGAGAUUGAAAAAAUUCUCGAUCUCUUGAGUUAUGCCAAAAAUGGUCGCGAUGCUGGGAAAUCCUUCGAUGAUUUUAAAGAAAUAACUGGUAAAGAGCCAAAACCAAUCGACUAUUUUUUCAAGGAAAAUGCUGAUGAAUUCACUCCAAAGACAAAAAACUUCUUCAGAGGUCGUCGUAGUCAAAGAUUUUUUUCUCGUUUAUAA